AUGGCAGCGUCCUACAACCUCUGGGCCCCGUGGCUUCAUCGCCAUUAUGAAGAGCAUCUCGCUGCAAUGUAUGAUAGACUACCACACCUUCGCCCCAACUUCCCAUGCUCUAUCUUUCCCUGCGCUGCUUUUAAUUUUGGUGGCAAUGUUUGGACCUUCAAACACCGGGACAUUCUCAAUUGCCCAUAUGGAUGGUGUGCCAUCACAGCCUUAGGUCACUUUGACCACCAGCUCAAACUGUUUAUUCAAUUUCCGCAUGGGGCUACAAUAUUUAUCCCUUCAGCCACAUUCACUCACUCCAACACGGCUCCUGCAGAUGGUGACAGCCAUACCUCCUUUACGCAAUUUCUUGCUGAUAAUGGCUUUCGCACCGAAAAAGAGAUGGCUGUGCAGGAUCCUGCUGCGCAUGCAGAUAUGCAGAAGCGCAGGGCAACACGGUGGGAGAUGGGCCUCAGCCUUCUAUCAACCUUGAAUGAAAUUUUGGAACCGGUACCAUAGUAUUGUUGUAUUAUGCAGGAUGUAAUCCAAUAGCUUUUGUUCACCAG